AUGCUCGAUAUGCUUCACGUAACACCUACAAGGUCCAAUGCCAAUGGCCCGUCUGCCACAAAACCGCAUUCGGACUCCACAGGAUCCCAGAAGCCCUUCGCGUCCGAGCCGACAUCGGCAAAAGCACAGCAAACGCACUGCGAUCGACCUCCGCGAUCUGGACCAAAUACUGUCGUCACCGUUCUAGACAGGGCAGCUAAGAUCGCGCUGGGUUGUCGAGAUGUUGUCUGCUCAUCUCUACGGACCGAGACGGCGGCGAUGAAGAAGCGGAGGCGCGAACUGGAAUCUCUGAUGAACAAUGCUACUUCUUAUGAGGAAUGGGAAACUGCUGCUCGAGCCCUCGACAAGUUCAUGGGCAACGACCUGUGGAAAGACAGACUUGGUUCUGGUGAAUACUGCGUCAAAGAGCUCCUCGAGAACAUUCAAAGGCUAGACGAAGCCACGAAAAAGCGCAACUUCCGCGAGCUGCUUUUCCUGAUAAGAACGACACUUUCACGCGACCUGGGAGGCAUGGGAAGCUCUGCCUUGUACAGGCAUUCGCACACAGGCACCAAGACCAUCGUCCAACGAUAUGUCCAGUCGGCCACCAGAGCAAUCGGAACGAUGGUGGAGCUGGCGGGAUCUGCCGCGUCUAGGGGAGACAUGGGAUUGCCCAAAGUGCUGCAGCAGCUGGAGCACACAAGGAGGCAUUUUGGCCGUAGUGCACUAAUGCUUAGUGGCGGCGCCACCUAUGGUAUGACGCACAUUGGCGUGAUAAAGGCUCUGUUUGAGCAGAACUUAUUGCCGCGCAUAGUUUCCGGUGCAUCGGCUGGUUCUAUUGUUUGUGCGGUGCUGUGCACGCACACCGACGAAGACCUGCCACGGAUCAUCAAAGAGUUCCCAUAUGGAGAGCUUGACGUGUUUGAGGAGGAAGGACGUCAAGUGAGCAUAGCCAAGAGGCUUUGGAAACUAUUGACGGAAUGGUACUGGUACGACGAAACGCACCUGGUCAGGGUCAUGCGCAAUAUGAUCGGUGAUGUUACGUUCCGCGAGGCCUAUAAUCGGACCCGCAGGAUAUGCAACAUCACGGUAUCAACGGCUAACAACAUCGAGCUUCCUCGGCUCCUGAACUACCGCACGUCGCCCGAUGUCUUGAUCUGGUCUGCUGUUGCCGUCUCAUGUUCGGUUCCGGGCCUUUUCAAAGCCUCGAGUCUCAUGAUCAAAGAUCCCAAGACGGGGGAGCAGUCUCGAUGGUUUCCUUCGCCGCAGAGAUGGAUAGAUGGCUCUAUCGACAACGACCUGCCCACGACUAGGCUGGCCGAGAUGUUCGCUGUUAACCAUUUCAUAGUCUCUCAAGUCAAUCCUCAUGUAGUUCCCUUCCUUGAACGGGACGACGUUAUUCUUGAGCCCGAGGAACGAGAGUCGGCUCUUUCAACGAGAUUCAAGCCCUCGUUACUCAUCAAGAAUCUAUUCUCCGAGCUCACAAGCAUGGCCACAGAGGAGUUACUGUAUAGAUUGACCGUGGUUGCGGAAAAUACUGGACCCAUGUCGAACAUCUUGACCAAAGUGUGCAGCAUCCUGAGCCAACAGUACUCGGGGGACAUCACGAUCAUCCCCAAGAUAGAAUGGAGCGACAUGGCUCAUCUCGUUACUAACCCUACGAGCGAGUUCAUGCUCAAGUCUUGUCUCAUCGGUGAAAGAGGAACAUGGCCAAAGUUGCGACGCAUCCGUGACCACUGUGCAAUCGAGUUAUGUCUCGACAGAGCAAUAACGGAACUGAUGACGUUGGCUGCAUUUAGCCCCAGUCAAGUCAACCUCCGCCGUUCUUUGGGCCUCCACUCGGGCGAUGUUGGACAGCCGGUCAGCCGACUGCAUCACAGAGAGCGCCGGCCGUCGGACAGUAAUAUACAUAUGAUCAUGAGACAGCGCCAGAACAAUCUGGAGCUGGAGCAGCUUCUCAGCGAAAACGAAUGGCGUCUCGAAAGCACGUCGGAAUCCGACGACGAGGACGACGGCGGUGUGAUGCUGAAGGUGGACUCCCGCCCACGACGAAAGACUUCAUCCGGAGCGAGCGCGGCUCAAAAUACCGAGGACCCCCCACGCAAACCUGUGCUACGGCGUGCGACCCGCAGCCACCAGGCGUUGCAUUUCAAGGCGCUGGCGCGACUAUCGACGCCACUGGCAAACCCUCUAACGAAGGAUCUGGACGAUUUGGAUGUGGUCACCAUGGGCAUGUCAACAUCCCGAUCUGGAACCCCUGGAGACCUGAACUCGCCCACGUCGACGACAAGCUCACACAGCCCGCGAUUUUUGGAUGCGGUCCGAAAGACGUCUCUGGGGAAAUCACCAUUUGCUCGAACUGAAACCCCGUCUUCGCCAGCCGACGAUACCCUGAUCGACUCGGCAUCCGAACCAGAGUCGCUACCCUCGGGCAAUGGUAAUGCCUUGGAUUCGGCGGGUGAGGAUAACGCAAAGGAUGAUUGUGCACCAAAAGUCCUCGAGCAGACUCGAUUGCACCAAGAGCCCAAGACGACGCGGGAAGCCGACGACAGCAUGUUUACCAGUUGA